AUGGAGCUGUGCGGGCGCCAGAAAGUUGUCCAGCGCAAGAUGGUGCUCUUGUUAGUUUUGCAUAUGGCUCGUGUUAAUUUCCAGGGUGACAGCAGCCUGACUAACUAUGUUGGACCGCAGAGGAGAUGGAGCUUGCGGCAAGACGUCAGCUCUGAAUGUGUUUACAAGAGGAUUCUUCCCGACCGUCUAGUGAGCUCGUCCUUUCCCAGUUAUGUACAAAUCAACCCAGUGUUAACCCAUGCGAACUCUGAUACAGUCGAAAGAUACUCAUUCGUUCCAGACAUUUUCGUCGACAACGUACACAUGGAGUUGUCGCUGUGGGAUACAGCCGGUCAAGAAGAAUUCGAUCGAUUACGGGCACUGUCCUACGAGGAUACUCAUGUUAUAAUGCUAUGUUUCAGCGUCGAUAGUCCCGACUCGUUCGAAAAUGUGGCAACGAAAUGGAUUGACGAGAUUCGCGAGAAUUGCCCGGGCGUGAAGUUGGUCCUCACGGCACUCAAAUGCGAUCUGCGAAAGGACGAUGAGCUGAACGACAACCCGAACGCUAUCACAUUCGAACAAGGAUUAGCAAAAGCAAAAGAAAUCGGCGCUGUGAAAUAUCUUGAAUGCUCUGCCGUUCAGAAUCGCGGUAUCAGGGAGACCUUUUAUGAAGCCGCCAAGGUCGCUCUUGAUGUGAAGCCUGCAGGAUCCAGCGGGUCCAAGGGGCAGUGCAUUAUCCUUUGA